AUGCGACGCCUAUGGACCGUAGUCGCGCUCGCCCUCGCCGUCGGCGCCUCGACCAGCCGCGUGCUCAGUGACGCAGAUGACAUCGUCGACACGGUCCCGAAGGACGUCUCGUGUACAAAGGUCAAGAAGUGCGACGACAACAACGAAUGCGUCCUCGUCUGCGACCGCGGGUCGGUCGAGAUCGACCCGUGGGCCGCGCACGCGCUCAAGCUCCAGCGUCGGCUCGCCUACACGCACUCGCUCUGCCACGCGCAGCUCCCAGGCUCGCACAACUCGGCCAUCAACAUGGUUGACGGCUACGGCGUCGAAGACCACGUCUUUGAGGGCAUCCUCAAGUACUUUCCGUGGUUCACGAGCAACCUCGUCGUGCACACCAACGAUCAGCUCUUUAGCAUGACGGACCAGUUGCGCAUGGGUGCGCGCUUCAUGGAGCUCGACGUGCACUGGGUCGACGACGAUCUGCGUAUUGCGCACUGUGGCGGCUUUGACUCGUCCGUCCUCGAUGACUUUGUCUCGGGUAUCAACGCGAUCGCCAAGCUCCUCGGCAUGGAGAUCCAGUGGGACUCGGAGACCGUUGGGUGCAAGCCGUCGCUGAGUAGUAUCCCCGCGCACCAGCAGCGUCCGGCCCUGCACGCGCUCCAGGAAAUCGCAGACUGGGUCCAUGCGCCAGGAAAUGCCGGAGAAUUUGUCCUCAUCUACUUUGACGAUCAAAUCAACCUUCUCAAGUGGCACAAGGUCGAGCUGCUCCUCGACUACAUCAAGCAAGCGUUCGCCGUCGACGAGAUUCUCAAGCCCUCUGACGUGCAGCACGGUGCGAGCUGGCCCACGUAUGAAGCGCUGCUUGCCUCCGGGAAGCGCGUCGCCUUUCUCUCGGUCUCGGACUACGCGCCGAUCGGCGACGAACUGCUCUUCCACAAGUACGCGCUCUGUGGGUGGCAAGAACCCGACUUGCCAUUCACGCCGUACCCUGCGUGCAGCUUCAAGAACUGGAAGACGGGCACGAUUGUCAACGACCACAUUCUGUUUCGCCCCGAGACGAGCGAGAUCCAGUACGGCUUUAUCAACGCCGACGGCCACGUCGGUCCGAACGAGUUCCUCAUCGACAACGCGCUCUUGCCGCGCCUCAUGGAGUGCAACGUCAAGAUCCCGUCGCCCGACAAUUUGACGCCCAACCGCAUGGCCGCCAUGAUCUGGUCGUUUGCAGAACACGAGCCUUCCGACGUUAGCGCGUGCGUGGCCAUGCCCCGGCGCUCAACCGCUCGCUGGUACUCGCAUGAUUGCACCGCCAGCCGUGGCUUCCGCCCUGCGUGCUACACCAAUGCGACGGCCGAGAGCUCGUUUGCGCACUGGACGCUCGGUGACGUCUCGGACGGCCACCACGUCACGUGCCCGAGCGGGUACACGUACGGCGCGCCCACGAACGGGUAUGAGAACCGCGUCCUCUUUGACCUGCUGUGGAAUGACAGCCCGGCGACAACCGCGGGCAUUUGGAUCAACGCCAAGCCAUACAUGGACCACGUCGACGGCAUGGCGCCCGUGUAUGCGUACGACCAAGCCCGCCUCGCGACGUGA